UGUGUUCGAGUUCUCCCAUGAACGAUGGAAGCGCGCUCCCGAUACUUCAGGUGAAUGAGAGGGAAGCGGAGGAGCGGGAUACGGUUCACUGUGCGUCGCAUUAAAACAGGAACACUUACAGGAAAAUGAGUUGUGUUACGUCGCUCGGGGCACAUGUGUUUGUGACAACAUAUCUACUCUUCGUGAUGGGAUGCGUUGCACAGAAAGUAUACUUUGACUGUGGUGCCAAGCUGGAUGUGGUGGAUGUCCAAGGCCUCAUUCUGUCUCCUGGCUUCCCCUACAACUACUCCUCUGGGACGCACUGUGUUUGGCAGUUCUUUGUGCCUGUUGAUUACCAGCUUAUCCUUGAGAUAUUUGACUUUGACGUGUUCGAAAGCCAUGACUCCGCUGCACAGUACUCUGCUAUCUCUAAUUUCGAAGAGGAAGAGGCGGACGAAGAGGUGACGUUCACUCCUGUCGGCUUAGCGGCGGAUGAAACUUCUUUCGCGGCUAAAGAUCCAACGCUUCAGAGCGUAGGGGACGUCACAAAGACUCAGCAGUCCUCCCAAGACGGUGGGGUGAAGCAAGUAGUGGUCCAGGAACAGUCCACAAAGAUGGAGAUUGCCAAAGUCUCAAAUUCUGCCAAAAGGUCUGCAGAUGCCUCGUCCGGCCUGUCUUCGCCACCUCCUCCCUCUCUUCUCCUCCUCCCCGGGGCUGUACCUCAAGGAGACAAGGCUGUCAACUCCGCCUCCUCGCCUCACCUCAGGGGAGACAUCAACCCCAGUUCUAACCCAAGCACGGUUGUGGAGGAGACCACUGUUGCCCCACCACACAUCACUGAGACUCCAGCUGUCAGCCCCGAAACCCAGCACUCGGCGCUUGACGCCUGCCCCCACGAUGUCCUCUACAUCUCAGACCUCAUCACCUUCUCCUCCAGGUUCUGUGGCUCCAACCGGCCUCCUAGCAGCCAACUGGUUUUUGGUUCCAGCCAGGAGAUGGUGGAGGUCAUCAUGGAGCUCAUCACCACCACCCACUGGGGUCGUGGCUUCGCUCUUCUCUUCCACUACCACAACCUGACUGAGCCAGGGGGGGAGCGCCGCGCCUCCUCUCCCACAGCCAGCAAGGUAGACUCUCUGCUGGCUGCUGUGAGUGGAGCUGCCUUCUUCGCUAUGAUACUUACCAGUGCCCUCUGCAUCGUGUUCAGGCCCAAGCUGUGUCCAAAAAGAGCCAGCUCCUGUGCAUCCAGCAACUCCGAGGUGCCAGAGGGAGUCCAGAACACUGGGGCUGAGGUCAGUGAGCUGCAGCUGAUGGCUGAGAAUCAGACCAAUCUGGAGGCGACCGCAGAGCAGGACAACAACAACGAGAGCUCGCCACACACAGUCAGUGCUGGCGGUGACAUUUCCCAGAAUGCAGAGGUGGACCUCUCCUGCAGUGGUCUGACUGAACUCGACCUUGGUGCGGAUGAAGUUUUCAUUGUGUCGUCAGCCCCUAGCCCGAGCAGGCUACCCUUCUCACCACACACACAGCGGGAGAGGUUCUUGAGACACAGUGACACCGGUCCCAGCCCUGCAGGUGACUGGCCCUCACCAGACUCCAACACCUCGACUACGGGCAGCAGGUCUAUCAAGGACGGCAGCGGCGCCAGGCCGAGAGCGUGGAGCGUACGCACCUUCCAGGACUUCCUCCCUCCGCUGCCGCAGCUGCACAAAAAGUGGUGCAGCUGGAACUCCACCAGCCCCUUCACCAAGCUGGUGGACAGCGUGCCGUCCAGUUUGGUAGCUGACUGCAGAGGGGGCGACGGCAGGAGGGUCUUCUCUGAUGUCCACCUGGAGGCCAACGCAGACACCAGCACCAUCUCUGACUCAUCCAUCAGUAAUGCCUCCUACCCCCUUACGCAGCCCGCCCAGAGACAGCGGCGUCUCAACUCCACCAGCAACCUGCGGCGCUCACGCUUCACGGGGCCUUGCUUUGGUCUGCUCUCCGGGACAGCAGACCCGGGGAAGGCUUCUGGGGUUCCUCAUGCCCAGGCCUCCCCCACUGAACCCAGCCCCAGCUCCUCUUCCUCCACCCAGAUUGAGAGUGGCCAGGCGGGAAAGAGGCGCGAGUUCCCAGGCGAAGGAGAUCACAUCAGUGUGCCAGUGUUUGCCAUAUCUGAGGAGGAGGACCGGCAGCCUCUGGUCCCGGCUGAGCACCUGGACCAGACCUCUGCUCCCGCCGUGCUGAAUGGGUCGGUAAGGGGGACACACGAGGGGAAGAGGCCCGUCGUUGGGAGCACCAGCCUCAGCCCCAAGAGCCAGAGGGCCAGACCGGAGUGGAGGCCAUGGGGGAGCCAGGUUUCAGGCGGGGUUGGUCCAUUCACCACCAUGACCGAGUCAAACUCAGUCAGUGACAGCCAGCCGUCUCUCAGUCAGUCCAGAGCGCUGUGCAGCGUGACCAACCAGAUGUGACCAGGCAGGCUUUAAGUACGUGAAAAGAGCAGGGACUCUGGUGGGCCAGUUAUGUAUUUCUGCCACUUUGUGAAAUGUAUAACUUACAUCUUUAACUUCCGAAAAUCAACUUUUACAAAAUGAUUACUACAUAUACUGUAGCCUCCUGCUGGCAAAUAUAUUCUCCUUUCUCUAGUUGUUUUCUAUUUUUAUAAAGAUGUAUUUGGACAAAGAUGGAAUAAUAUGCUGCUUAUUAUGCCAAGGCACUGACUGCUGUGGUAUUAUGUAAAAAAAAAAAAAAAGAAAGAUGACUUAUUGCAAACAUGAACAACAUGACAAGUAUUUUCUGAGUGAGUACUCCACAACCCCCAACUUCUAGGAGCACUUUUUAAUCCAGAUUUAUUUACUAUUCAGUCAGUCAUAGUACUCCAACCAUUGCACUCUGCUGUCAGUAGCUCAUUCAUUAUAGAUGUUGUUGUAGUUGUCUUGUGCCGGAUUUUCUGCUUUUUCCUUAACAUGGUUCUUCAUGUGGUUAAUGUUUUUUUUUUUUUUUUGUUAAGCACAGGCUUAUAAAUGCUUAUACAAUUACUUAUUACCCAAAAGUGUUGUGCAGAGCAUAGAUCGUACAUUAAUAUUAAUGUUGCAACAGUGUAUGCUUUAAAUUACGUACUCCUGAGGCUCAUGCUGGAUUAUAAAAGGGAAAUCAAAAUAAAGUAAAAGCAUAUAGAGUACUAAUAUACACCUAUGUAGAAAAAAAAGAGGACCAGGAAUCACAAUAGUAUUUAAAAAUGAGUUAUGAAUUAAUGUAAAGUUUUAAUAAAGGCUAUGUCAUUGA